AAGCAUAACCAAAUCCUUCACAUUUUAGUAAAAAAACAUGGGAAAGUUGGGAGGAAUAGCCCCUCUCAUGGCCACUCUAGUAGUGGCUUUUGUAGCCCUUACCAUGCCAUUGUUGAUCUCGGCUGAUUACAAGUAUGCCUCACCGCCGCCACCACCCUACCAAUAUACCUCGCCGCCACCGGCUCAUCAUGAAAUGCCUAAGGAACACUACCCACAUCCACACCAUGAUAAGCCUAAAAAACAUUAUCCACCUUAUCAUCAUUAUGAUAAGCCCCCACACCAUAAAAAGCCUAAGGAACAUUAUCCGUGGCCAAAACCUUCUCCGGGUUACAAGUCACCACCUUACUAUUAUUCACCACCAUCUCCCGUGUACAAGUCUCCACCACCAACCCCGGUGUACAAGUCUCCUCCUACAUACUACCCCCCUCCGACCCCAGUCUACAAGUCUCCACCACCUUCUCCAGUGUACAAGUCUCCUCCUACGUAUUAUCCCCCUCCAACCUACAAGUCACCACCAACUCCGGUAUACAAAUCACCUCCUAAGUACUAUCCACCUCCAACCCCAGUUUACAAGUCUCCACCAGUUUACAAGUCUCCUCCUACAUACUACCCACCAACUCCUGUCUACAAAUCCCCUCCAGUAUACAAGUCUCCACCAGUUUACAAGUCUCCUCCUACAUACUACCCACCAACUCCUGUCUACAAAUCCCCUCCGGUAUACAAGUCUCCACCAGUUUACAAGUCUCCUCCUACAUACUACCCACCAACUCCUAUCUACAAAUCCCCUCCAGUAUACAAGUCUCCACCAAUUUACAAGUCUCCUCCUACAUACUACCCACCAACUCCUGUCUAUAAAUCCCCUCCAGUAUACAAGUCUCCACCAGUUUACACGUAUCCACCCCCAAGUCCGGUGUACAAGUCCCCUCCACACUACUACUACCCACCUCACCCUAUCUACAAAUCUCCCCCGUUUCACAAACACCCACCGCACCACCACCACCACCCAAUUUACUCAUCUCCACCAAAGUCGCACCAUCACCCGUACCCUCACCCCUAUCCCCACCCUAAGCCUGGCUACCAUUCACCUUCUCCUCCUUAUGCCUACACUUCUCCCCCACCUCCUUACCACUAUUAGCUUGAGUUGACUCUUGUUUUAAGUUAUUGACAAGGUAAAUGGCAGCUAUUUUAUUAAUACAAGUUCAGAAAAACGGCACGCAAGUAGUCUAAGGGAAAGAAGGAGAAAAACCAGACUGUAUUGUCAUAAUAAAUCAAGUUAUUAGGGAGUGAAUUAAUUUCUUGUAUUCCUAGGGUUGUAUUCAGUUUCCAACUUAUGCAACUCAAGCAUCAUGUAAUAAUAUGUUUGUUAUAAAUUAUUAUAAUUAAUAGUGCUUUUCAUUGUUUAAGAUACAA